AUGUAUCAGCCACUGGAUCGCGACACGGCAGACCACUCACCACUCAACUUCAACAAGAGCCAACAGCCCAGUCAAAUUCGCCCUGUUGUACCAGACCACGGCGUCGCAAGCCUCAAGCCGAAGAAGACGUUCAAGCGGCCACCCAAGCGCCUAAGUCUCUUUCUAAAAUUCAGUCUCGUCAUCUCAUUGCUCUUCCUCGCGGGCGCCGUCGCCUUUUUCUCAUGGCUAUGGUGGGCACCCCACCAAGACGUCCGCUGGCGGAAAUGGGUCCUCGCCCCGAACCGGCUCCAACUGAGCAUAACUCUAUCCGCCGUCGUCAUCCGAACUGCCAUAGGCAUACUGGCCACCGCGGCCACGGCCAUGAUUGCGUCGGCCGCGGUCGAGCGGAGGGGCGUAUACCUCCAAGAUAUCGCCCAAGUAUCGGUCGCGCGCUUCUCCAGCGAUGGACCCCUCUCGCUCAGUCUUCUCGCGCUCACGAGCUCAUCGCUGCAGCCACUAGUCCGCCUGGUUCUGGCGCUCUUGGCUAUCACGACGAUUGCUGCGCAAUUUACAUCCACUCUCCUUGUAGCAGACCUCGAGCAGCGCCGGGUUGUCGCUUUUGCUGAUUCGGUGUCCAAUGCGUAUACCUUUAUCCCGGGGAACCACUCGAGCGGCAAGCCGCCUGAAGCUGUCUCCGGGUAUGCGCACAACUACUGGAUCCAACGACCGCGACUUACGGAAACGUUCGCAGAGUACACGGGUACGGCAGCAGAAGGAGAAGGACUAGACGAUACCGGACCAACAGUCAGGGCCUUCCUCCCUGUAGCAUCGCAGCAGGAGCGCGAGUCGCUCCUCGAGUUCCAAGGCAUGGCCAGAGUCCUAGACACGCGGUUCAUCUGCAUGAGGCCGCAGCUCAGCAACGUUCGCCCGUGCAACGGCACAGACGGCGUCGACAUUUGCGGAUCGAUACGGCUCGAUCCCACCGUGGACGCGGCGGCUGCGGCGGGGCUGACGUGGACGGAUGAGAUGAACUUCAAUUUUAGUUGUCCUGUGACGGGGUACAUGGGCAAUCGAUACGACUGGCAGAUUUGCGCGUAUGAGACGCUGAACUGGACGUCCUUUGACUGGUCACUUCGGAAUACCACGAGGAUGACGACGAUGAGGAUUGUGUGGGAUGCGGGAAGAAUCCAAGGAAAUAUGAGCUCUGACAGCAUGGAGUCGACUGUCAAGGUGCUAAGUUCGACUGGCUCCGGCCCGUGGACGAGGGAGUCUCUGCAUAUCAAACUUGUUGAUUCUAACACCGUUGGCAAAGACCAGUAUAUCAACUUCAACAUGACAAUGUGUGCACAGUUCUACAACUACCCGGACUCGAUUCAGUAUCUCAACGUUUCCGCAACCAGCUCAAGCAACAGGACAGAGCCAACCUACGAGUGGGAUGUAGAGCGAGAGGUCUACGACACGAGUGCGGUCCGCAGACAACUUGGCGCCGUCAAAGACGCUUCAUCUCUAUCCCACGAAGACCGCCAAGUCCUAUCCAUCAGCAAAGAUAGGUUAGACUCGGCCGUGACUGACGCUCGCGAUGGCUCUAAAUGGCAACAGUAUGCCGCCGACCGUAGUCUAGAAUGGUUCUUCGACCGCGUUACCUACGCCCGAAUGCCCUCCAUGCCCAUCGCCUUCUGUCACAAUUGCGCUCCCAAUCUCGACUCCCAGGACGGCACCAGCGAUGUGAUCUACGAGCGGCUUUUUGGCGAUACCAUCGACGAGACGGGAUCGCCGGCUCGCGCGAUGCAGGCUGUUUACUUCACCCUUGCCCGACUUGUCUACUAUGACUUUCUCAGCGCCUUUUCUCCCAAUACUGCCGUACCUGGGAUGGACACUGCGGAUGUGGUCACGUUUGAGCUGACUUCGAUACCAUGGCGAUUCAGGGGUUAUCUAGCCGUCGUAGGGAUAAUUCUUGUCUUCCUGGCCUCAUUUGCUGCGGCUGCGGUCCUGUUCAGGUCUACGCGAUACAGCUUGCCUGAGAAUGCGUGGCAUACUGUAGCGCAGAUCUCCGAAAGCCCCGAGCUGGCAGACUUGCUUCACGACGCGAAGGUUGCUACUGAUGGCGAUGUUGGACGUUUAGCAAAGGCCUCCAAGUCUCAACGUUUCGUGGUGCGAGAUGGUGUCUUCACUCAAGCUUCGGGGGCUGGUCUGGAUGUGGAGCUGGAGUCGAAUCAGUCCCGCCGUCGACUGACAACGCACGAAGCGGUUUCGUAA